AUGACGUCACUUCCGGGCCGGGCGGCUAUAAGCGGGGCGCGCGCGAGCGGUGCCGCUGCAGCAGUGCCCUGGGCAGGCGCGCGGGCCGCUGGACGGACGGACGGACAGACCGACGGGUGGACGGACGGACCGACGGACGGGCCGACGGACGCACGGAGCCAGGACGCCGCCCCCAACCGCCAGCUGCGCCCCCCGCGUCACCAUGCGCUCGACCGCGCUCCUGGCGCUGCUGCUGUGCGCCGGGCAAGUCAUCGCCCUCCCCGUGAACAGCCCUAUGAAUAAAGGGGACACCGAGGUGAUGAAGUGCAUCGUGGAGGUCAUCUCCGACACACUCUCGAAGCCCAGCCCCGUGCCGGUCAGCCAGGAGUGCUCCGAGACCCUCCGCGGAGAUGAGCGCAUCCUGUCCAUCCUGAGGCACCAGAACCUGCUCAAAGAGCUCCAGGACCUCGCCCUCCAAGGUGCCAAGGAGAGGGCGCGGCAGCAGAAGAAGCACAGCAGUGGCGAGGACGAGCUCGAGGGGCAGAGCGACCAGGCCCCGCCGAAGGGCGGGACGGCAGCGGCGCCCCCCGAGGAGGCUGCCGAGAAAAGAGAAACGUCUGAGGAGGUGGAGGCGGAGGGAGGCAGGCCCCGGGCCUCCUCCCCGGAGCCCACGCAGGCGUCCAGGGACCCCGACGGCCAGGCCCCCGGCCAGGGGGAGACGCCCCACACCCACCCCCCCGCCAGCCAGCCUGACCCCGUAGACACAGAGCCGCAGGCCGAGGGCCACGGCGAGGACCACGCACAGGGGCCCGCAAGCACGGAGCAGGAAGAGGAGGCGGCGGAGGAGGCCGGCGCCAAGGCCCAGCCUGAGGAGGAAGACCCCACCUCGGCGCUCAGCGCGACCCCCAGCCUGGGCAGCAAGGGUGGGCCCGAGGCUCCGGCCGUGGACGGAGCAAGGAGGAAGGAGGCCGCGGAGGCUCGGCCCCCCAGAAGGAAGGCGGCGCGGGAGCACGGCCGGCCGCAGAAGGAGCAGCAGGAGGAGGAGGAGGAGGAGGAGGAGGACGGGGGGCAGCGCCCCGGGCCGUGGGCGGACGCCAAGCGCUGGAGCAAUAUGGACCGCCUGGCCGAGGAGCUGGCCCAGCCCGACCGCUCCAUGCAGCUCGCUCUCCGGACCCCGGCCAGCGAGCCCAGGGCCCGCGGGCCGGCCCGAGGCUGGCGCCCAUCGUCCUCCCAGGAGGACAGCCUGGAGGCCGGCCUGGCCCUGCGGGGGCGCGGCUUCCCCGAGGAGAAGAAGGAGGAGGAGGGCAGCGCCAACCGCAGGGCGGAGGACCAGGAGCUGGAGAGCCUGUCGGCCAUCGAGGCAGAGCUGGAGAAGGUGGCCCACGAGUUGGAGGCCCUGCGGCGCGGCUGAGGCCCCGGCGUCCUGGCGCUCCUGUCCCCUCGGCAGGCCCUGGGCAGACCCCCGGGCGCUGCUCCUGGUAGGGAGGUGGCCCCCAGGCGGGCCACCCUGGCCCCCGCCCCCCCGCGCCCCUCCUCUCUCUCCGGCCCCGCCCGGGCGCCCCUUUGCGGGUGGGCCCGGCCGCAGACGGCCGUCCUGUCCUCUCCGGACACAGGCAGCUUCAGACGCCCCCUCCCCCACCCGCCCGCCGGCUGCGGCUGCAAUAACUUCCGGUCUGCGAGCGCGCGGGCUCCCGGCCGGCCCGUGUGCAAACCCGUCAGGAGGAAUAAACCUGCUCUGGGCUC